CUUUAAUAAUCAUUUGGGUCUAAACUUUGCUUAAUAAUUGUGCGAGUGAAAAAAUAAAUAAAUAAAUAAAAAUUCGUGUAGCACGUGUGUGAGUAUGACUGUGAGUUAUCGCAUGAUUUUACAAUUGUAGAGUGAAAACCGAUUUGGUAAGAAUUAAACCACUAAUUUUGAAUAAAAACAAACCGAAGUGCUUCUCAUUUCCCAAGUUGUGGUUGUUAUGAAUCUGGUCUUAUUUGGAUUUUGGGGAAGACAGAUACAGAAAAAGAAUGGCAUCCGUUUUCCUCUCCUGCAAUGCACGUCCUACUCAUUCAAUCAAACUAGGGUUUCAUCAAAUUCCCUGUUCCACAGCUGAUUCUUCCUCACGCAAUCUCCACCUAUCUUCAAUUUUCAGGUUCAAAAAUGGUGCAAAAUUGGUGACAAAAAGAAAGUUGCCUUUGCUACAUGCAUCAAACAAGUCUUCAGAAGAACCUAUAGGGAAGACAGAAGCAAUUACAAGUAAUGACAUUGGAAGUGCCCAAGGACCUCCUUUUCUUACUAUUUUGGCUGGGAUUGUCGUUUUUGCCCUCCUACUUUGGGUCGUAGGAUCCCUUGUGUCGUGGGUUUUUGGUCUUUUCGGUUUGAUUUUCUCAAAAUAAAUAACGUUUCAUUUUAUUCCCAUCUGUAAUGCAAUUAAAAGUUAAACUCGGAUUGUGUUUUAGCUUCUCUAGUUUGUAAUUUGACCUUUUGUUGCAAGUUGUUAUGAAGACUUUUAGUUCCACAAACACUUUGACCAAUGUCCUAAAUGCAACCC